GCGUCGCGUUAAACAGUCCGACGUAAAACAACGCUACUAGCUCAUUUAAGACCCACCGUACAGAAACUCCACGUUGGCCACAGCACCAGCAGUACUGACAUUACUGAAGUUGUUCAGGUGUGUAACUAGCUUGUUCAACUCCUUCUGUAUACAGCUGACAUAAAUAUGUAUUGCUGAUGUUUGACGCUUGACAGGUCAUACAGCAAACUAUAUUUGAAUGUUGGGACAGAGAGCUGUUAUUUACAGUGAUUGUUUAUGAAUAUCAGUAGUGAAGAUCGACGCUGUAGUUUGCUGUUAUCAUUAUGUCUUACUUGGAGUGGGCUGAGUCUCAGCUUGCAGAGAUCGAGCUGCUGACCAGCAUGUUUCCCACCCGAGAGGAGCUGGAGAUCACAGACCAGCUGGCACUAGCUGAGCUCAGGGACUAUGUGGAGGGUUCAGCUUCAACAGACUGCCCCCCUCCCUCCAGACCCCAUUUUCUCAUCAAACAGAAGCUGGAGAGGACUGAUGUCAUUCUAUCCUGUGCUUAUCCAUCCGAAUAUCCCAGUGUGUUACCAGAAAUAACAGUCCGGUGUGCAGAUCUCAGCAGGGCCCAGCAGACGCAGCUCCACACAGAUCUCAAUGCGUUCCUCAUGGAAAACUGCCUGGGGGAAGUAUGUGUGCUCUCUGCUGUGGAAUGGGUGAAAGAUAACCUGCAGCUUUUCAUUAACCAGAGCUUAUCAGCAGCACCGACACCUAAGAAAGAGUCUUCCUCUUCACGGCCACAGGAAGUGUUCAGCCGACUGUGGAUUUACAGUCAUCACAUCUACAACAAGACAAAAAGGAAGAACAUCUUGGAGUGGUCCAAGGAGCUGGGCCUGUCAGGAUUUAGCAUGCCUGGGAAACCUGGUAUUGUGUGCGUGGAAGGUCUUCAUUCUGCCUGCGAGGAGUUCUGGUCCAGAGUGAAGGUUCUGACAUGGAAGAAGAUCAUGAUUCGACAUAGAGAGGACUUUCCCCUUGAUGCUCAGUGCGGGGACAGCAGGACUGUAGAAAGUAUAGACUCCCUGCGCAAAUUCACAGGCUUUGAAGAGGCAAUGUUUGACCCCCAUGGGAACAGAGGUAAUCACAUGGACCUUGGGCAGCUCUACCAGUUCUUAAAUGAGAAAGGCUGUUGUGACAUCUUUCAGAGGUAUUUUGGCAUUGAAGGGAGGUGAUGGCUGGAACCAUACUUUGAAUUUACAUAGUUAUUUGACUAGUGCCUGUCAUUAAAUUCACUUAUUCUGUGUUAACUAAAACAUUUAAGUAGGAUUCAGAACUGUUUCACUCAGAUUACAAUAAUCACACACGUGCCUGAAACACUGACGUGAACAACAUUUCUGCAAUGUUGAGAAACUAAAACCUAUGUUUAGCUGUUAGGCAUGUUUUCCAAAAAAAAAGCAAUAAAAAGAUGUUUAUUUGA